AUGGCGGUGUCAGAACUUCUAAAAACAUUACUUUACACCGUCAAUCACCUUUUACAACAAGAAAAAUACAAAGCGGCUCUGGCUGUUCUUAAAGGCUUCCGAAAUGGCGCUGUAUAUGGAGCUAAAAUCAGAGCACCGCAUGCACUUGUCAUGACAUUUCUGUUCCGGAGUGGAAGUUUAGCAGACAAACUCCGAGCUAUUUUGAAGGCCACCUACACUCACUCGCGCAACCUGGCGUGCUUCGUGUUUACGUACAAGGGACUGCAGGCCUUGCAGGAGAAGCUCCAGGGACGCAGUUUGCAAUCCCAUUCCUUCCUGGCCGCCUGCAUCGGAGGAUGGCUGGUGUUUGGUGACAACAACAACAUCAACAGUCAGAUCAACAUGUACCUGCUGUCCCGCAUCUUGUUCGCCAUAUCCCGGCUGGCCGUGGAGAAAGGGGUAAUCCCGCAGCCCGAGCGGGACCCCUUCCCGCUUUUCGCCACCUUGGUGUGGGGGGUGGUCUUGUGGCUCUUCGAGUACUACCCGCACACGCUCCAGCCGUCGCUGCGGUCAUCCAUGACGUACCUUUACCACGACAGCGACGUUUGGCACGACAUCUCGGACUUUCUGCUUUAUAACAAGCCUGGCGGGGCUUCCGCUGCCCUAAAAUGA